CUGUCAGGUGACCGCAUGUUUCAGGAAGUCCGUAAAAAUGUAUGCGUUUGAUACAGUUUAGCGGGUUAUUGUAAAGUGUGAGACAGUUUAUAAUUCUGCCACCUGACAUGCAUUUCCACAUGAUUAUCGUCGCCGUCUUUUGGUUUGGUUUUGUAGACUCACGAAAAAUAAGAGGAAUAUCUUCGUCCUACAAGCGGUUCUUCAGGGAGAGGAAGUCUUUUCUGUGCAUCGAUGGCUCCAAGAUCAUCCCCUUUGAGCAGGUGAACGAUGACUACUGUGACUGUGAAGAUGGCUCAGAUGAACCAGGCACCUCCGCCUGUCCUCAGGGCCGAUUCUACUGCACCAACCUGGGUUUUCGCCCACACUACAUUCCGUCCUCGCGGGUCAAUGAUGGCAUCUGUGAUUGCUGCGAUGCUUCAGAUGAAUACAACAGCCACGCUCACUGCCAGAACGCUUGCUGGAAUCUGGGACAGCGAGAGCGAGCAUACGUGGAGGGCCAGAUGAGGACCUUGGACGAGGGUUUGCAGCUCAAGCAGCAACUGAUUGAGGAGGGAGUGCUGCUCUGGAGAGAGAAACAGGCGCAGCUCCGAGAGCUUCAGCAGGUAGCCGAGGACCUGCAGACGAAAUUGGAGGAACGCCGCAGCAGGAAGCAGGAGGCCGACCGGCUCAAAGAGCAGACGCCGAGGCCGCCAGAGGCCGGGGACGGCCGUCUUUUUAGAGGUCAGAACAGCACAGUAACCGGCACUUUCAAGUUACUGGACAGCAAUAAAGAUGGAAGCAUAACGGUGGAUGAAGUCCAGGCUAAAGUGGCACUUGUCCACGAUGAAGAGCGGGUUCUGUCUGAGGAUGAAGCGGUGGCUUUGUUGGGAGGAGACCAUCAGAUGGAUCUAACCACGUUUCAGCACACACUCUGGGACAUCCUGACAAACGGAGGCCGUGUCAAGAUCAAAGACACACAUGGUGCACCAGGCGUGGGUGAAGAUCCUCCCUUAAAGGUAGCGGACAGAGAGUGGGAGGCCACCAAUCUGAAGAAAGUGGAGGAGGCCUACGACACCGUCAACAUGGAAAUAAGUGAUCUCCGGGAAAAGCUGGCUAUUGACUACGGACCAGAUUGGGAGUUUCUGUUUCUGAACAGCCAGUGUUACAAGCUAAAAGUAUAUGAGUAUACUUAUACCCUGUGCCCGUUCAAUCAAGUCACACAACAGAGCACCGCGGGAACGGAGGUCUCAUUGGGGAGGUGGGGGAUGUGGGAAGGACCACCGAAGAACCAGUACGGUCGGAUGGUGUAUGAGAAUGGAGAACCCUGCUGGCAGGGAGGCUCACGCAGUACCACAGUCACGCUGACAUGCGGAACAGAGACAGCCUUGCGAUCGGUGAAGGAGCCCAGCAAAUGCCAGUACAUCAUGGACUUUCAGACUCCCGUGGCCUGUCAGCCGGUGCUGAAGCAGCGGGGCAUACACAGUGAACUGUGACCCCUUCCCUUACUCGCCCGGUCUAGAUUAAUUUAGCCCCCCCUGGCUAGCCUCCGGUGACAGGCGGAGGUCCUGAGGGUCCCCUCUGACAUCUGUGUUGUCAGAACAUAUAUACUUCCAAGCAAGUCUUGCUAAGGUCAGAAUCUGCUUUUCAAUAACACUGCACCUAGACCACUUAGUUUUCCUGAAAUGUUACAGUAUUCCGUUUGUAUACUGCAUUGUUUAGUAUUUUUGAAUCUGCACUUCAUACCUCAUAUGGUUUACCUUCCACUGUUACUAAAAACACAUGAAUAGGUUAACAAUUUCAUUCAUUAUGGUAAACAUGAGCAUUGAUUCAAAAUAUAUGGAUAGUCCUCCAUAUGUAGAUAUGUGUUUAACCCAGAGCUGAAAGUAGUCUUGUGUUUGAGUAGAAUUUGUUAAAACCACAGUGCCCCGCUGUUCUACGGAAUUAUUCGGUCUGUUAAGAAACCAACUAUAAUCUAUUUUUAACCAGUUAUAACUGCAUUAUUUAAUCACCUUGAAGAAAGAAUAUGCUGGGGUCCGAGCACCGCCAACGGGGUCAAGUGUUGGUGGUAAAACAACACACUGUUUGCUUUGGUUCUUUCAAGUGUUUUGUUGACAAAGGAAAACAUACCAUUCUCACUGUAUUACAUAUCAGUAUAUUCACAAUGAACACUGGACAUUAGAAUGUGUAAAGGACAUUGCAACCGCUGUAUCGAAAAAUUAUCCAUGAGCACAAAUAAAACCACAUACUUUACCAUA